GUCAAGUCCGUUGCUUUUGCAAGAUGGCGUCGCUGGGAAGGAGGCGCGGUGUCCCAGUCAGCAGGGAGAGGGGAGUGAUGGCGGCCACAGAGUGCUACAUCGUCCAUGAGAUUUACAACGGCGAGAAUGCACAAGAGCAGUUUGAGUAUGAGCUGGAACAGGCUCUGGAGGCGCAGUACCAUUACAUCGUGAUCGAGCCCACGCGUAUUGGAGACGAAACGGCCCGCUGGGUGGCCGUCGGAAACUGCCUGCACAAAACAGCCGUACUGGCGGGAGCCGCGUGCCUCCUCACGCCGCUAGCUCUUCCUGCUGACUACUCCCGUUACGUGGCACUGCCGGCUGGCGCACUGAGCCUGGCCUGUGCCACACUUUAUGGCAUCUCCUGGCAGUUCGACCCUUGCUGCAAAUACCAGGUGGAGUAUGACAGUCAGAAGCUCUCGCGGCUGCCCCUGCACACGCUCACCUCCUCUACGCCAGUGGUUCUGGUUCGACGGGACGACAUGCACAGAAAGAGACUGCACAACACGAUAGCGUUGGCGGCCCUGGCGUACUGUGCCAAGAAGAUCUAUGAACUGUACUCUGUAUGAGCACAAUGGCACAUGCACACACAUGCAUAUAGAUACUGAUAUAUGCGUACACACAUGCACACACACACACAGGAGGUAGGUGAGAAGCACUACUAAACAUCCAAUACUGGCAGAUACAUAAUACUCCAACAUACACACAAGAUCACAAAAAUAACAUGUGGAUGGACCGAUGGAGAGAGUGAGUGAAACAAAAGGAGUGGCAAAAACAAGCAGUGCUCUCUCUGUUACAAUUUGAUAAAGAGUUUUGCUUUCAACUGGUUAAAGUUUGGACAGACAGAUUGAUGGAUGGGAGGUUGUAUGAGAGGAAGGGUUGGGGUGGAGCUUAUAGUUACUAGAAGAAAGAUUAUUCCCCUUUUUCUGUACUUUAAAGUGAUCUCACCCAUGCACUUGAUAUUGCCCCUCUCCUUGCACCUGUCCAGCCUCUUCCUCAUCCCACGGCCCUGCCACCCACACGGAGACUCCGCACCUGGGCAGUGACCUGGCGGACUGAAUGUGUGGUGGACAGACAGACAUGUUUUAAGAAUGACUUUUGAAUCCUCUCUUUUCUCCCUCUGUGUAGUUUUACUGUACCCUGCCUUUGGUGCGUCACCUUUUCAUUAAACAGUAGGAGAUUUAACCUCA